GGAGAGGGAACCACGCCAUCCCCACCCCUUUCCCAGCCGUUUUUGUCGUUAGGCCUCCGUAGCGGCGCGUGCGCUGUGCGGCUCUGACAUCAUCGCGCAGCGACGCGGCUGGGAGCGGCGCCGCGAUGUUCAAGGUAAUGCGUCUGGGGGCUGCACCUGCUAGCCUGAGCUUGCUGGCCAUCCAAGUAUAUGCUUCAUCCUCGGAGAAGGAAAAUCCAAAAAAAGAGUUGCUAAAAAUUGAUGAGCUUUCACUCUACUCCUGUCCAACUCAUGAGUCUAAAUAUGUGGAGGAACCACAAACACAAUUGGAAGAGGGGAUCUCAUAUCUGCGGCAUUCUGUGGAGCCAUAUACAGCCUGGUGUCAGGCUCUUUACACUAAAGCUAUGCCCAAAGUAGAAAGAACUGUUGAACGUGGUAGAGAAAGUUGUGAAUUUCUCAAAAAUCCCCCGCCAGGGUUUUACCCAAGGCUUGGUGUGAUUGGUUUUGCUGGAAUUGUUGGACUCUCUCUUUCUAGAGGUUCAAAAAUAAAGAGGUUGGUGUAUCCAGUGGGCUUCAUGGGGAUUGGUGCUUCGCUAUAUUAUCCUCAACAAGCUGUUGCUAUUGCAAAGGUCAUUGGUUCAAGGUUGUAUGACUGGAGUCUGCAAGGAUAUGUAGCUGUAGAAUCCCUCUGGAAGGAUAGUCCUAAAAAGAAGAAAUCUGGGAAAAAAGCAAGUGACAAGAGGUAGUCAUCUUCUGAAUCUGUGCCCUGUCACAGUGCUGCCAACACGGUAUUACUGAAGGUACAAUCUUUCAAAUAUCGAUUUAUUAAAAUAUUUUGGCACUUUUUGCAAGAGCCAACAUGUUGACCCAUGGUCCUGGCUAAAAUCCAAUUGAGUGAUUAUUCAUUCUAACCUACCUAACAUUCAUUUGUACUUUCAGUUCAAUAAAGCAUACGUCCCUUCUGCCCUGUUAUAUGUUGUUCAAAGAUCAUGGCUUCCUGCCACAGAUGUGGCUGCAUUUUGAUGAUGAAGCAGGCUGUUUGGAUAAAUGUAUUUUGUGUAGAGUAUGGCAAGCAUUUUGGGAUCUUAAUGUCAUUCACAAUACAUUAUCAGCAUUAAUAAAGAUUAUUAAAUGUCUGCAUGUUUACUAUUUUGUGUUCCUUUGAAUUAAAUCACAUUUUUCUUUCUUUCUUUUCCCCCUUCUGUCCUGAAUCAAACACCAAUAGCAGUGUCAGAUUUCCUUCCACCAGAGAGGAGUGAAGCCUAUGUUCCAGCCCUGCUAUGGUUCAUUUCACAUUCCCAUCCACUCAUAACUCAUGCAUGUCCCUUCUUUCUCCAAUUCUCACUCCCGUCUCAGCAGGCUAACUUCUCUGCUCCGUCAGUCCAAGUAUAGGGUGGUUGGACUUCAAGGUACUAAGGUUCCAAAACCCCUAAAUUACUUCAGUCUCCGCACUGCUUAGUUGGCCUUUGUUCCUUGCAUGUUUCCAGCCACCCAGUUGGUAGUUUGGUACUAGCAUCUCUCAAAAGAUUUGUUCUGGCCUCUGGCCAGAUGCUGUGCAGUUGCAGUAUGUAUGGUCGUCUAUAAGAAGAGGUGCGAGAGGCUUUAUGAUUUAAGGGAAAAUAGUAAUAUUUUGAACAAAGAGGUGGCUUGGCAAACUUAGAACUCUGUUCUGAUUGGCUUUGUGUUAGGAUCAGUUGUAAUGAUGGAGAACACUUCCUCCAGUGUCUGGGGGUUAGCUACUGCACACCAGUAAUUAUCUUAGUAACACAUUGCAUGACUUAUGAAACUGAUGUACUUGAAGAGAGGAAGGAUGGUCUGGUGCAGGGGUUCCCAAACUGUGGGACAUGACGCAGAGAUCACCAGGGGGCUGUGAGAUCGGGGGGGGAGAAAAUGCAAGAAAGCUUAAGCAGACAGCUGGGCAGCACCGUCUGCUUCCCAAGCAAUAGAGUGCUCUUGCGGCAGCAUCAUGCCUUUUAUGGCCAGCAGAAGAUCCCAGGCUCCAUGUGGUGGAUGCAGGACCAUCACAGUGAGACUGGGAAAGGUUGGGGAUUCCCCGCCCUUCCAGCAUGCGGGGUGGAGGGCCAAAUAAAAUGAUCUGGCAGAUUGAAUGUGGCCCCUGGGCCUUCAAUUGCCUCUCCUUUUUGUUUAGUCUGGUAGUUGGUGCCCCUGUGCAAGUGCACCAAGCUCACAGUGGUUAAUCUGGGCGUGGCUACCCACCCAUAGUUUUCAAAGUAGACUGUUUAAGAUGGAGUGUUUGUUUGCGCAAAGCCAGCAUGAAUACUAAGUACCAGGGGAGUUGCAUUAACAGAUAUGAGUGCAAAGGGGGUCUCGGCAUGAAGAAGUUUGGGACUCACUGGUGUAGUGGUUAGCCUGGGACUUGGAGACAUAGGUGCAGUUUCCUGCUCCAUACAGACUUCCUGGGUGACUUUUGACAAAUCAGUCUGUCUUGUGCCUCAGCGCUCAAUGCAGAUAAAUACUACUUUACUACGUCAUGGGGUGUUGAAGAGAACUACGCUGAAAGAAAAAUGUGAGGUGCUUAGAUGCAUCAGUAGUGUGGGGGGGGGGCAUGUAAGUACCAUAGACAGAUAUUUAGAAAAAGGGGUGGGGGGACACCAAGGGAUGGAUGAGGAUGGGGCAGGGGCAGAUUGACGUUUUUAGAAUGACCGUAUAACUUACAGUGAGCAACUGCAAAGUCACCCUGAAGUAAGGUCUCUGAUUCAGACUUAGGCCUCAUCUACACCUAAAUCUUAAGGCGGCCUACCUACGUCAUUCAGGAAUUUUUCACGCCGCUGAGAGAUGUUAAGCUGAUCUAAGCCCCAGUAUAGACACCACUAAGUCAACGGAAGAAUUUGUCUGUCGACCUAGCUACCACCUCUCAAGAGGCUGGAUUUACAGUACAGUGACAGAAACGUUCCUUUUGUCACUGUAGCAACUGUCUGGACUGCAGUGCUACAGCAGCGUAACUGCAGCUGUGCCACUGUAGGGCUGGUAAAGUAGAUCUAGCCUUACACACGGCAUCAUUUCCCUUGGUUCUGAAGCAAUGUUAAGACUACUAACAGCACAGUAGUGUUGAAGCUGUAUCUUUGAGGCUCAUAAUCACAGCAGAAAGUUAAGCUGGUAAGGAUUUGUGGGAAAACCCCUUCUGAAGAACAUAAGUACAUAAAGAGUUUUUUAAAAAAAGGCCCCUCCUGUUUGCAGUAUUCAAAUGUGCCCACAGAGUUUAAUUUUGUAAUAUAAACUGAAGGAUUUCAAAGAAACUCCUGACCCUAAAUCAGAGAAAAACGUGGAGAAAUGUGAAGAAUGAAGUGAAACCAACAAAUCAGCAUGCAGCAUUAGCACAAGGGAACAGAGAGCCACAGCUCAACAGAGCCACACAAGAAUGACUGACUUAUCUUUUUGCACCAAAAUUGUGGCCAUGCCUUUUCUGUGAUUGAGUCAAACAUAAAUUGCAACAGAAACUGGAUUGUGCUAAAAAUGAAAGCUAUGUGUAUCUGAUCAUUUGCAUUGAUUUGUUAAGAAAUGUGGACCUUUUAAUGAGUGGUUACUUUAUGAGAGAAUGUUUAAUUUGUAUUUUACAUCCUGCCUCAAGUUUAUGUAGAGGGUUUCCUGUUAAGCAUCUUAAUGCUUUGCUUGGGUUCUUCUAGUUAAUAGAAAUUUCAAUUACCCUUCAUACAGACUAGUGAACUGUAACAGCUUUGUGUCUAUCUUGUAUGGCUCAUAGAACAGAUUAAACAAAUUGUGACAGCUGAGAAGUGUAUGCAGACAGUUUAGUGAAGCACGCUGCCUGUAAAAAGCCAAAUCAGUUAUUUCCAGGGAGAAGUUUACUUAGAAUUAUGUGCAGGGGAGAGAGCCUGUGGUGUCAGAUCACCGUUUUGAUUUUACUGGCCAUUUAAAGAAAUACAGGUUCAGAUGCAUAACGUAAAGCUACUGUGCCUUUGAAAAGAUUCAUGGACAAUUCCAUCUGUAGACUUGAGUCUUACAUUCCUAGCUCCUGAGCUGCUCUGCCUCUUCUAAAUAUCUGUCUAUGGUACUUACAUCUCUCUCUCUCUCACACACACACACUCUCUCUCACACACACACACCCUGAAUUAACACCAACAGCUGUAUUAUAGGAUUGCCGUCCAUCUCAUAUUUUGCAGAUUAACCCCAGUUAAAAAGCUAGUCUUGCAAGACUAACAAAGUGUUGUGAAAAUUAUUGUGAGACAGAAGAUAUAGCAACAUGACAAACUAAACUAGGGUGGGUCUGAUGUGAUGCACUGACCCUGUAAGACUGAGGAAGGAGUUCUCUGGGGCCAUGAUCUAUUCCAGGAGGUUUAUUGCAAAGAGACCCAGGAAAUGAAGCAGCCAUUAAUAGAGAGGAGGUAGUCCCAGUGGCAGUUUGUGGCUUAAGGAGGUCCAAGGCUGUCUGUCUGUCUGGGACCAGAGUCUUGAAGUGUAGGUGCAGCAAAGCUCCCUUCUCUCUCAGCCAUCUGGAGGGAGUCCAUGGAGGAGUCCUAGAAAGGGCUGCUGCAAUGUGUAUGGGGUAUACUGGGAAUGGGGGUUGGUUAAUAAACAGGCUCUUUCUCUGAGGGCAAGAGAGCUGGAGCUGUUGUCAAUCUCUCCUGUGUUAAUUUGGGUGGCACCUUCAGAUGACUGGGGACAGCCUGGAACCCCAGCAUAAAUGCCUGGAGUCGUUUUAACUUUAUUACAAGUCUGGCUAUCUUAUUUCUUUGGACUUUAUCACCUAAAGGGUUGGGCUCUCUGGAGGCAGAAACUCACCCCAGAUAUGGGUCUGUAUUACUUUUUAAACAGUCAGCGGGCAUGGCCUUUAGUGAGUGUUUGCCUGGGGGGGCUGGAAGCAGAAGGAGCAGCAGCCCAAGUAUGUACUACACAUAUAAAGAAAUGCUUUCCAACUGGAAAAUGCCUCCCUGCAGACAUAUACACUUUGCGAAGAAACUAGGGAAGCUGGUCUGGGGAAAAUAGCAAGAGCCUAUAACUAUGCAAAAGGAAGCUAAAGCUUUCUCUUUGUACACACCAAAAUAUACCUUCCCUUCAAAAUCUGGCAGGAGUACACAUGGAUUUUAGAGCACUUUGAAAUAUUUGUUCUUAACCCAGAUGCUUUUUUCUCAGGGUAAAAUUUGCAGAAUGCAGGUGGAGAGUGACUAAUGUGCACAACAUAUAUUCUCAGAAAGUUACCGACAGCAGUACUCAAACUUGCAGUAUCUGGGUGCUACUUGGGUUCAAUGCUCACAGCAUGUCUACUUGAGUCACUCAGGCCUGGUUUACCAUACAGCAUUAGGUUACCUUAAAGCAGCUUACAGACACCUAAUUAUGUCAGUGUGCACACAACAGCCUUGCUCCCGUAAAUGUAAGUGUCGUAAUACACCAACAUAACUCCACCUCCACGAGAGGCAUAGAUUUUAUGUAGGUGUAGUUUGGGCCAUGCAGGGUCCCUGUAGACACUGUUACUUGCAUCUAUUGGCUGUCAUUCUUGUCAAUUUCACGGCUCUGCUGGAGCUGUGAAAUUGACAAGAAAGCUGGCUCCUGACUCCCCAGCCGACCUGCUGCCCAGUCACUGCUCCAAGCCAGGCUGCCGCCCAGGCUACUCACUCCCCACAGAGAGCUAGUCUGCACCCCUGGGCUCUCUGCUCCCCGCCAGGAGCCUGGCAACUGACCAGACUCUGGACACGGCUCUCUCUUCUGGGAACCCAGCUGUCCCCCGUGGUGUGUCAGCUUCCAGCUCCCCACUGGGAACAUGGCUGUGCCCAUCGUGGAGCUCUGCGCUUGUUGUCCAGCCACAUUCCAGGAGGGGAGCUGAGAGGCUGAGCAGGGAGAGGCUGCUGGUGGGGCACUGGGCUACCAGCAGGGAGCUACAUGAGGAGCUGAGUGUUCUGGCUCUCAGCCCCCGACUCUGCCCCUCUUUAGUCGGUGGGAAGUGCUCCUGGUGAGGACGUGCACCACUGACAGAAGAAGAGCAGUGUUGUUAUGAACCACUGCAGCAAUUACUGCGGUGGCUGUAAGUCAACGUAACAUAGGUCCACUUAAGUUUAUAGUGUAGACAUAGUCUGACUGGCAACAGAGCCCCUGUCCUGCUACAUGUAUGUAAAUUCCUUCCUCCUGUUCAUCAACUUGGCUCAAGUCACAUUGUAAAUCCAACUUGUGCUUCAAAAGUCUUUUUUAAAUAUUGUUUCCCCAAAGCAGAAGGGAAAGCCUGUCACUAGCUGAGAUCAAACCCCAGUUGGGGAUAUCAGUUUGGGGAUGAUCAGAUCCAUAGUCUGAACCACAGGUGUAUGCAAAAAAAAAAAAAGUUAUAAAAAACCCCACAAAAUUUGAUAUUACUUCUUUUUAAGGUAGCUGUAUUUCAGGAACUUCUUUUGGAGCAGAGGCUGAACAAUUUGCAAGACAAUCUGAAUAAGCAUAUGGAUUUUAGAAUCCUUAAAAACAGAUUGAGCCUUGUAUUAACAUCAAGUAAAGUAAUGUAAGAAGAUGGAUUUGGUCUUUAUUUUAUUUUUCUUUUGAUUUAGGAAAAUACAUUACAAUAUAUGCACUUUAGCACUCUGUCAUCACUGAAAAUGACAUAAUUUGUCAAUAUUAUUCAAUCAGCUCCAUCCCUUUACAACAACUGAGAGUCCCAAUAAGAUACUGCCCCAUAUCCCACAAUACCUCAAACUCCACCCUGUGCCACCUGUAUUCUAGCAACACCUUGCAUGUAGCAUGCCCUAAAUGUAAGUAAAAUUAGACUAUUUUGAGCCUUAAAUGAGUAAAGUCAUGGACAUCAGUCUGCCAGCUUUACCCUCUUGUUAGUGAAGGUAUUCUAACUCGAGGGCUGCUACAGUCUAUAGCUGCAGCAGUGUUGCACAGGGGGAGAGGCAGUCUCUCAAGUAGGCACAUCCAAGUAUCAUAUAGAAUUUAAUAGGUUAGAAUAAACACCAUCAGUUCUAUUUGGAAGCCAGUUGGUAACCAGUACAGAUCCCAAAGCACAGAUGCCAUGCUCUUGAUUAGAUGCUCUAUAUAUUAAGUAGGCCGGUAGUUGCAGCUGUUUCAACUUGAGUAUUUGUAACGCUUCGCUCCAAAUACUUCAUAUUACAAUAGUUGAAGUGUUAAAGGCAUGGAUUAUGGUAUCUACUCUGCUAAACAGAGUUGUUAGUCCAGCCAGACCUCCAAGUUAUAAAUGUAGGAAGGAAACAAAUGGUGAACCUAUAGGUGCAAGAAUCAAGUCUGAUAUAACCCCCAUGAGCAGAUGAGGUUUUCUCAGUAUAGAUGCUGGAUUGCAACGGGGAUUGGCCGUCGGUAACAGGCUUCUAGGGAGGAUAGCAGGAAAGUCAUGGGUUCUUAUGACUUUUGCUUCUGUCUGAACUGUAAUGCUAUGAACAAAUUUUUAGAAAAGGCAGCCCACUCUUGGAUGUGUAGUACUAUUCUGAUAGCUGGCUAUGGUGCUUCUCUCGCUUUCUGUAUAGAAGGAAAAUAUGCACACAAGUGAUUCUAAUAAUUUAUAUCUAUUUCUUCUGUGUAAUUGAUUUUUAAAAAUUGUUUUUAAUUGAUUGAGUGACGGUUAAUGUCUGUCUUCCUUAGGCAUUAGCAUCUGGGGUAUAAAAUGUCCUGAGACCUACUUUUAAUUGCUAACUCAAAUAUUGAAGGUUUAAAGCAAAUAUAUUCUGUGCAGUCAUUUUCUGUUCAGUGUUCUCUUGACAUUCAAAUGGUGCUUUUCAUCCCAAAGGAUCCCAAAGCACUUUAAUUCUUUUCCUUUUGUACACACUGUAGGGAACACAGCGUCAGCCCCUUUAAGGUCAAAACAUGGCAGAUGUUUAACAACGCAUAACAACACUACCCACAGUUUAGGGUAGAAAGUGAAAAGUAUAGUAUCUGACUGAAACUGUAGGGGGAAUUUAGGUAGCCAGAAUGGAAUGAUCUGUACUGGCACUGGGAGUAACACUCCUACUCUUGCAAAAAGUGGCUAAGUGGCUGAGGUUCCUAAAUCCCAUUUUCAAAAGCAGCUUGGAAAUUUGAGCCUAAAUUUCAUAUGAGUCAAAAGACGAGACUUCCAUCAGCACAAUGCCCCUAAAUAGCAGACUGGGGCCAUUGAUGCAAGGCAGAAUUCUACAUAUUGGGUCAACACCACCAUUUUCUGCAGUAUCUGGUUGGUUGCAGGAACUCUGCCAUCCAAGUUCUAACCUGUCCUGACCUUUGUUAGCUUUUUGAGGCUCACAGCAUAUGGUAAUAUUUGUUACUUUGAUUUAAUCCUGAAGAUAACGUAAAUCUAAGUAGAUAAUACUGUCAUAUACAGCCUUUAAAAAAAAAAAAAAGAAAACUCAUGAAUAUGUCUGAUGUAAAGAGGGGUGUGAGUGAGCACAUGUUAAGGACUCCAUUGAUUAAUCAGCCUGUGCUUUCACUGAACACUCUUUUUGUCUCCUCUGGUACUCAAAAAGUGUAUCUUGUGCACAGUUGUUGCUCAUAUACAGAUCCACUUUGGGAGAGCUAAUGCAGUGUUAUGGCAUUUCCGUCUAGUAAGAGAUCAGCUAUCUGCUGAAACCUUUUGGUUGGUAUGAUGUCAACAGAUUUUUCCAAGAGUUUCGUUUUUUC